AUGUUCAACUUCAACUUCUUCAAGUCUGCCCCUGCCGCUGAGGCUAACUCCGCCCCGGAGAACACCUGGAACUCCACCACUCUGGCUAUGCAGCAGCCCUCCAGCCCUGCCGCUCCCAACACCAACCAGAACGUUGUCUCUGAGCAGCCUACUUCCCAGGAAGAGAUGCAGCUCCGUGGAGGUGGUGGCGGUGAUGUCUGCUGCGGAAUCUGCGCCGGUAUUGCCUGCUUCGAGUGCUUCGAGUGCUGCUGCUAG